AUGGCUACGAAUCUGACGUACGGCUCUCAUCUUACCGGACGGCAGACCCGUCGGCUAGGUCCGAUCUCCAAACUCACCCGACAGCAGCUCUGCAGUCUCAUCCGGUGCAUCCACGAAAGCCCUGGACAGGGCUGGAUCCAAUGGCGCGCCAGCUUGCGAGAAGCCCUAGAAGUAUACGGGCUCCUGGUACACAUCGAAUAUGCGGAUGCGAGUAACGGCCGUCCUGAAUCUGAACGUCAGGAAGUAGCCUCAUUCCUUUGGCACUCACUGUCGGACGAAGUACAGCGAAUGAUGCGAGGAAUCGGUUGCAAUAUUACCACCCACCAUUCCCGGCCCUCGCGCAUGUACACAUCGCUUUUGGAGCUCGGAGAAGCUAGCGGUCUGAAGUCGCGGUUUCUAUGGAACAUUGAAGCGACCUCUGGUGGACCUACACGAGAAAGCGAUGUCGCAGAAGCCGAGAUUGGCGAGGGCUGGACUACAGUCUCCCUACCUGCCGUUCAUGUAGCCGCCUCUCGCGGACCUAUGGAUGAGGCCCCCGAAGAAACGAUGCAAGACCGCAUCGUGCGUAUCACAGCCGAUCUGGAAUCCUUGACCUCCUACUACAACAUCACAAGCUCAUCCACGCGACAUAACCGUCUAGACGAGUUCUACACAGAAGAGCUAUCCAGCCUCAGACAGCAGCCCUUUCACUCAUACGAUCAAGACGAGAAGGUGGACUACAUCCUUCUGAAGACCUACCUCCGCCGCGCCCAGCGCACCCUCAAGCUGGACCAAGCUCGCGACGCAGCAUCAGCACCCUUCAUCGAGCCCUUUGCCGCACCCAUCAAGGCCUGGCUCGAGGGCCGACAGAGCGUCGAUGCGCCGCUCGACCCCAAGGCCGUGGCAGACAACUUCGCCACGACGGAGAAGGUCGUCUUCGAGUGCCAGGAGCACGUCCGGCGAACGCGGUGA